UUUUAUUUAUGCAACGUAGUGAGCUGUUAUAGAAACGAUAGGAUCAUAUUCACCAUCGGAAUGAGUGCCAGCCUGGACUCCGACGGUGAAGCUCAUGACCAGUUCGAAAUGCAGAGAGCUUAGAAGUUGCGAUAGUUCUCCCCGACGAUGGCAUGGACAGCGACCAAGAUGAUGCUAAACAGUAAUGACGAUAUGGUACCUAAUAUUGGAGAUCUGGGAAAAGGUAUUCUUUCGCAGAAGACAGUCACUACAAUGUGUAUAGAAACAAAAAGAUACGCGGACCAAAAGAGAUUUCAUGGCUUCUCAGUCAUACCUGAAGAUAUUUAUCCAAAAACAUUUAUGAGCAAUCAGAUCCUGAAAUACUAA